UCCAUAUGCAUUGGCCUCAGGAGGAUGGUUAAGUUUAGCACUUUUAUUUUGCAUUGCAGCAGCAGCAUUUUACUCAGGCAUCCUAAUGAAAAGAUGCAUGGAAAAAAAUUCAAACAUUAAAACAUAUCCUGAUAUAGGUGAACUUGCAUUUGGAAAAAUAGGAAGAUUAAUAGUAUCAAUAUCAAUGUACACAGAGCUAUACUUGGUUUCAAUUGGAUUCUUGAUUCUUGAAGGUGACAAUUUGAGUAAUUUAUUCCCAAUUGAAGAGUUUCAAGUAUUUGGUUUAUCAAUUGGUGCAAAGAAAUUCUUUGUGAUAUUGGUUGCAGUGAUUAUCUUGCCAACAAUUUGGUUGGAUAAUUUGAGUCUGCUUUCUUAUGUAUCUGCAAGUGGUGUGUUUGCUUCUGGUGUUAUUAUUUUGUCAAUAUCAUGGACUGCAGCAUUUGAUGGAAUUGGUGUUCAUCAAAAGGGUGAUAUUGUAAACUGGAGUGGAAUUCCAACAGCUGUUAGCUUGUAUGCUUUUUGCUAUUGUGCACAUCCUGUUUUCCCUACUCUCUACAAUUCCAUGAGGAACAAACACCAAUUCUCUAAUGUGCUAAUUGUAUGCUUUAUAUUAUCCACGGCUGGUUAUGCAUCAAUGGCUAUAAUUGGUUACUUAAUGUUUGGUUCCAAAGUUGAUUCACAAAUAACAUUAAACUUACCACUAAACAAAAUAAGUUCAAGAAUAGCAAUAUACACAACAUUGGUGAAUCCAAUAUCCAAAUUUGCUUUAAUGGCAACACCAAUUACAAAUGCUUUAAAAGAUUUACUUCCAAGGACAUACAAGAAUAAUAGAGUGACCAAUAUGUUUGUGAGCACUGUCCUUGUCAUCAGCACUGUUAUUGUUGCAUUGGCUGUUCCUUUCUUUGGGUCUCUCAUGUCACUUGUUGGAGCAUUUUUAAGUGUUACUGCUUCUAUUUUGCUUCCAUGUUUGUGUUACUUGAAGAUUUUUGGAAGCUAUAGUAAAUUUGGGUUUGAGACAGUGACAAUUGUAGUGAUAAUAUUAGUAGCUAUAGCAAUGGGAAUUUCUGGAACAUAUAUUUCAUUUGUCGAAAUAGUACAAAAUUUGCAAUAGGUA